AUGUUGUCCCCAGGAGAAUGCCUUAGCAAUAGGGACGAUGCAGUUGGCAUUUCAAUGAGAGAUAUAACCGAUAGCAAUAGCAGCGAUCAAGGAAGUCUUCAGCACCGGAAAAGACCAUUGGUACAAAGUACGAUAAUCACUGCAAAUGACGAGCUGAUUGAGGAGGAUAUCGUAAAUGAGCAAUCGCAAUAUCAAUUGGCAACAUCUUCGUUCAUUGAUAAGAGCAUCAGUGAUUACGAUAACGCACUGGUGAUAAAGAACGGNGCACAGAUUUUGGAAGGUGUUGAUGUGCGACCUGAAAGGGUGAUUGGUUUGGUAGACGCAGUGGUUGAAGGGGAUCGCAACGGUUAUGAGCAGUUGGAAAGUGAGGAGGGCAUUAAGAAAUAUAAUGAUAAUAUUGGUGAUAUGGAUGAUAACAGUAAGAGGGACGGUGCUGAUGAAGCGGCUGAUAAUAACAACGAUGUCGGUGAUAAUGGCAGGCGGAAUAAAGAUUAUGAGCAUGAUGGUGUUGGUACUGGCGAGAAUAGUAAUGCGAAUUUUGAUGUUAUUGAUGACAACGAUGGUAAUCAUUUCAAUGGCAGUAACAGUAGCAGUGCAGGUGAUUGCAGCGGUGAUAGUAGUGGAAUUAUUAACAAUGGACAAUCAUAUGAGGGGAUCUUGAAUGGUCAUUUGAUUUGCGAUUCGAAUAGAAGAAGUGUUCAUGAUGAGGGAGAUGAGCAGAUAAGUGGUAAAGGGCGAUUGGGAGAUGAGAUGCGUUCGUGUUGUGAGGGAGGUGCUGAAGAGAGAAAU